AUGUCUGGCAAGACGUCUGCUGCAAAUCCUGCCGAGUACAUCAAGACGCCGGGACACGAGGACGAUGCAGACAAUGGCAACGCUCCUGAAGACGCCGAGCCCGUCAAGUUCUCGCCUGAGGAGGAGGCCGAACUCCUAGGCGAGUCCAACACACACAAGACCGAAGCAAAUGCCCUCUUCAGCUCGGGCAAGUAUGACGCUGCCAUCUCCAAGUACGACGAGGCCGUUGCCGUCUGCCCCAACUACCUCGACUUCGAGCUCGCCGUCCUCAAGUCCAACGUCUCCGCAUGCUAUCUGAAAAUGCAAGAGUGGAAGAACGCCAACACCACCGCCACCGCCGCCCUCGACAAGCUUAGCAAGCUCGAGUCGCGGCUCGCAGAGGAGGAGAAGGCUGCGGCCGACGCCAAGGCCAAAGAGGAAGAGGAGGUUGAGGAUGAGAUCAUCAGCCCCGGUGCCCAGAAGGCCGGUCCUGCGAUCCCAGACGACGAGAAGGAGGACCCAGCCCAGGUCGCCCGGGACAAGAAGCGGGACGACAUCAAGCGCAUACGAUACAAGGCCCUGAUCAGGCGAGCCCGCGCCCGCAGUGAGGAGGGCGGAUGGACCAACCUCGCCGGCGCAGUGGAGGACUACACGCUCCUGUCAAAGAUGGACAACGUCAGCCCCGGCGACAGGAAGCUCCUGCAACAGCAGCUGAAGGUACUGCCCGCGCGUGUCAACGAGGCCAAGGAGAAGGAGACGGCCGAGAUGUGGGGCAAACUGAAAGACCUCGGCAACGGAAUCCUGAAGCCGUUCGGGCUGUCUACGGAUCAAUUCCAGAUGGUACAGGACCCAAAGACCGGUGGAUACAGCAUGAACUUCAAGUCGUGA